UAUAUCAAACAUCAGCAAUUCCAAAACGUUGAUGAAAGACUUAUCGAAUAUUUUAUAUUAUAUUUACAGCGGAAGUAGAAUUAUGACUUAUCUUUGAAACAAAUCUAUGAAGCUUGAAUGAGGUACUAGUCUAUACUACCAAACAUGCCAUACAAUCACCGAAGACCAAAAUUAGUCAUCAACAUAUUAACAAUAUUGGGAAUGAUCAUAGUGACUUCAGCUGUAACGAUACUGUGUAUACGAUUCGGUAUUGUAAUGACAACAACUCCGAUCCAGGCAAGUAAAGGUCAUCACACGACUAAUGGCAGAUCAAUCUCUAACAACCGUAGUAAGCUUCUGGUUUCACCAGACACUGCUGUAGAGCUAAAUGCGACUAACAACUCAAUUUCUCGAGAUCAACAAGGAAUGCGGAUUAACCUCCCAGGCUCUACUUUAACGGGGUCUGAAAAUCAAUCACUGGCGAAUUAUUUGUCCUUCAAUCAUUUGGAGCAGGAGAAUAGUGGAUCUCUGUCAGACAUAGGUGAAGCAGGCAGUAGUUUAGUUAAACCAUCCACAUCCAAGAACGUGGCUCCACCAACUGAUCUCCGAGAUAAAUCAAUCAAUACAAAUCUAUACAACGGAAACGGUUACAUCACGACAAUGGGUGACAACAGUGAGAACAAUGAUGAAGAUGAUAAUAAUAACAUGUAUCAGAUAAAUGGCAGGCAAAUCAGUCGAAGAAAAAUAAAUUACAACCAUCAAUUGAAUACAAAUACAGCAAAAUACGCGACGAUAGCAGAAGAAGACGGUUCGAAUGGAUAUAAAAAUGCAUAUGAUUUAACAUACAAUAUGAAUGACUAUGAACACAAAGAAAAUGAGAAUCCCGAUUAUGAGCCAGGGUGGACCAGCGCUGGUCGACCCGAACAGGCGCAGGGGUCAUUUUGGUCAGGAUCGAGUGGUAGUUGGGAACCACCGCCGUACGAAACAGGAGAAGGAUAUUUAGUUGAUCAAGGUCCCAGUCGCAAGCCACUUGAUAAACCAUUGAGUAGCCCAACUAGGAGUAAUUUAAACACAUUGCAACCAAACUUGGACAACAUUAAUUGGAGAACAAUCGGCAUAUUGGCGCUUUUCAAACUCGGCCUUGCCAAACUACAGGCAAUCGGUUUCUUAAACACAUUAUUUCAAAUCGGAUUAUCGUUCAAAUUAUAUAUGACAGCGGUAUUCUUUAAUUUUCUGUUAAUUAUGAAACUCAUGAAGUUUUUCAAGAUUCUGUUAAUACCACUGCUUUUGACACGGCUCCUGCCAUUAUUCAUGCAAUUACUUAUGAUACCAGGACGAUUAUUAGAUUUGAUGAGACGAAUGAACAAUAAUAAUAUGAUGCCAGCAAGUCAAUCGGGAGGAUCACUUCCUGGUCAAACAAGUGGAUUACUUCCGAAUCGACAGCCAGGGACACAACCGGGUGGUGUACGGCCGGGUGGAUUACUACCGAAUCAACCAGGAGCCGCCUUGCCAGGUAAUACACAAAGGGGUGGCAUGUUUAGAGCGACAAUUGAAGACACGCCAACAAGUGAAUCCGCAGCGGUCAGUUAUAAUAUUGCCAAUAAAACAAACAAUUCAGUUUUUAAGCUCGAGGACACAUAUUUGACUGACAGACAGAGCCACGAAUCAAUACAGUUAUCAGAUCCUACAUUAGACAUUUUUCAAAAACUAUUAGAUUCAGAAAAAUGUGUGGAAAGAAUAGCUUGUCGAAUUUCUGUGGCUGAAAAUAUAGGAAACGUACCCAUUUGGAUUAAUUGGCAAGUACCUAAACCGAUCUCAUUACACAUUAUAAUACAUAUUAUUAUGUAUAAUUUGCUUUAUUUUAGGGUGUUACAUCGCGUACAUCAGCUUAUUCCCAGUGAUAAACUUGAAUCAUAUCUAAAGGCAUAUAAAGAUGUGAACAAUGCAAUUCAUGCCAAGUCAUCAGUCCCGGAUAAUUGGAUUACAUGGCCUGGGUCCAAUCAAAGACGAACACUUGCGGUUUGCAUUAGAGUCACCAUAAUCCUUUCACUGACGAUUGCAGCAGUGGCAAUAGUAGCAGCGACAUUUCUGUAUGUCGUGUUGGGUCAACAGACGCCCGAAACAUCGAAGCCGGUCCAAGACCUCAGGGGCGAUCGACCAGUAGCAAACACACGGGCGGCGUCUGGGGAGCGACUGAUCCCUGAAAACCGGUCAGCCGUGGAAUACCUGCCACCUAAUCGCCGAUCGAUGGACGGCCGUCCGAAAGCGUCCAUCGGUAUCCGACUGCCAUUGGCCGACAGUGGCAUCCAUGACAUGUCGGCCAGCCGAAAUCGAUACCCGAAUAACCAUAGGUACAGCACCAGUGACGGCGUCGUGGCAUCUCCUGAAAAUUACGACGAGACCGGCGUCACAUUCGACGCAAAAACGCAGCAGAAUUUCAACAGGCAAAUAAAUCACUUUGACUACUCAAAUUUGGAUACAGACAACUGGACAACUGAAAAAGACGGGUCGACCGGUUAUCACGAUUCGUCAGACUUGACGUAUAACAUGGGUGCUUAUAGCAAUAAACAAACUGAUGAUCUAGCUGGCAUAAAUGAAUUGCACAGAGAGCCUGUGGUGGAAUUAGACACAUACUAUUCAACUAUUAACGGCCCAUAUUACAAUAACAGACCAUCAGAAAGCCACCCAAUUAUAGAUCAUCAACCACUAAGUACGGAUUAUAAAUUACCUAGUAAGAGCUAUCAACCUCCAACUACAAAUUAUCAACUCCCAAGUUCGAAUUAUCAACUUCCAAAUACGAAUUAUUAUCAACCGACAGAUAUUAUUUAUCAAUCACCUAGUACGAACUAUAAUACCCCAAGUAAGAAUUAUGAACCACCAAAAAUCCCACAGGUUCCACAGAAACCUAACCUGGACAGUCCCCAACAAAAGAUAGAGACACCAAUACCAAAUACGAGUAGUGUAGUCGAUUGGAGAUUGUUAGGCCAUUAUGCUACCGUUCUUGUUUAUACCACUAUUGCUUAG